AAGCAGAAACCCAAACGAAGCCCUUGAGAGAACGCUAGGCAGCCAUUUCUUUCUUCUUGCAUUGAGCCCUAAAUGACCCUACGCUUUGCCCAGACACAAGAGGGAGAAGGCACAGGAAUCCCCAAUUUCAUGGGUAGCUUUCCUUUUUGAUUUUUUAAAAUAAAAUUUUCUGUCUCUUUAACACAGCAAUGUUAACGUUUGAACUAUAGCGACCCCACCCACAAAACUAGACCCACAUUCCACGCGUCCAAAAUCUGAAUGCUAGGCAUUUUAUACCCCUCCCCUCUUAAGUUUUCAACAGUUAACAUUCGAGUAGGAGAACAUUCAUUAUAAAAGACUCGAGAUGUUCGAACAUAUAGUAUUAUAUUAUACAUUCAUCCCACCAGUACUGGUGUUUUCUGCAUGCUUCUCAUUUUCUUCCCAUAACAUUCCAUAUAUUAUUCGCUGCGUUGCAGUUGGAUCUCCACCAGCUAGCGGAGGAAGAUGGAGAGUACGUUAACUGUAACAAACACUCUCUGUGGAACUGGAAGCACAUCUCGUGGUACCACUGCUACUACUCUCACAGCACCACUUCCAUCUCUUCCCUCGGCCCCAAAACUACACUUCCCCACAACAGAACACGAUUCCCCAGCCGAUGACUCCGAGUUAAGCAUUUUCGACGCCCAAAAGUACUUCAACGAAGACGCUUACGACGACCACGCCCACAAACACAAUACCAAUACACUGCAAUGCGAUCUCCCGCCACUCCCAGCCAUUCGUCCCAAACUCUCUUCGGCGUCCUCCGAAGCCAGCUGGAACAGCUGGACUGGUCUGUUACCCUCCAACCCUCACCGUUCAGUAACGUUUUCUCUCACCAAUAUUCUUCCAGACGAUAAUGAGAAGAAAAAAGGGUCGCCCUCUGCAAAAUGGAUAUUCCGCCGAAAAUGCCCCUGCGCCAACAAGAAAUCGGUCCAAGUACUUGAGGGAAAGCAUUUUCCCAAAGCCAAAGGGGAAAAUGUUUCCGAAAAGCCACCCAAUAAGAGUAUUGAUGAAGUUGCAUUUCAGAAUAUUUCUCGCAGAGCCUCGCCGGGGAAUCAUCUCAAUUUCGACCAAAGAAGUCACCGUGCGAUGGCCCCUGGGAGGCCGCCCUUCCCGGGCGGCGCCGGGUUUUCCUUUUCCACUUCGAUUCCAUUGCGUCCAGGAAAAAUGAUUCCCAGGGGUUUGCCAAACAUAGAAGAAUCAGAAGACCCCCCUCGUGAUUCGUUAGAGGUUUUCAGGCCGCGAAUUUUUUCGGUCACCGAAGACGAAGGCGGUAGUGAUGCGAGUUCCGACUUGUUCGAGAUCGAAAGCUUCUCAACCCAAGCAAUCGCUCGUCCGCGUCAGGACUCCGCCGAGUGCUACGAGCCAAGUGAAGCGAGCGUGGAGUGGAGCGUCGUCACGGCGGAGGGGUUCGACAGGGGAAGUCUCACCAACUUCUCAGUUAGUGCAUCGGAUGCCGAAGACCUCGUGGUGACGGCUGGGAGUAAAUGGAGAAAAAACGGCGGCGGAGGCGAGGACGGCGGCGGCAGAAGAGUGGGGAACGGGUUGCUCACGAGCUGCCGGUGCGGGAAGGCGGUGAGCGUGGGGCCUGGGCCAAUGAAAAGCGUGGGCGUAGGGGGCCAUGUGGGUGGUGGUGGUCGGCCAGUGGUUGCUGCCAAGAAGCCACCGCUUGCAAAGUCCCACUCUGCUCGGCUGUCUGUUACUUUCGCGGCAUAGGGACGGAGCAGGUGGCGUUGGGGGUUGCUGGCGUGUGUGCAUGCAUGCAUGCAAGCUGCCAUGUCUACUUUGUCUACCCACCUAAUACACCUCUUUUCAUCGAAAAUGAAUUCUGGCCUCUCGUUUAUAUUUUUUUAAUUUAUAAGAUUGUGCGAUCUGCUUUUGUGUU